AUGCUUCAAGAGCAUGGCUCAGCUGGAGAAAGAGGGAAUUGCAGAGACGAGGGCUCAGCCAAAGUGAUGCCAGCAAUGAGUUCAUCCGGUGUCUAUGCUCAGAAGAAGAGGAUGCCGAAACAUCACGUGGCUGUAGCAAUCAGUAUGAAUCCAGAAGACACUUCUGCUCGGCCACGAGGAUUGACCAUCUAUCCGAAAAAUCCAUCCAGAGGAAAGCCGCAACAGGCGAUUUCAAUCUACUCGGACUUGUGCGACACAAUGGGUUACCCUCUCCUGUUUCCUGAUGCACAAGGUGGAUAUGCUCUUCAUAAGUACCCAAGACGGACUGCAAAAGAUCCAAAGCCGUCGUACGAGCAGAACAUCAGAAACCACAUCGAAGAAUUGUUGAGCAACGAAGAGAACCCUGAGGACUACUACAAACUUGGGACCAGAGUUCAAUGA